AUGCCACCAGCAGCCAAUGAUCAUGAACUACAAAGUCAGCGGAUCUCAACAAGAGUAUUCAUCGUCUUGUUGUUAUUAUUCUUAACCAUUCUUUUUCUGUAUAAUUGGCGCAUUUAUAUUACAAACAAGAAGGUAAUAGAUCAUCCUGAUCUCAACGACUAUUUUACUUUGCAAUCUCGAUACUCUGACAGUCUGAUAUGUCCAUGCGCUAAACCAUCGAUUGAUCACAUUACUUUCUUCGAUAUUGAUUACACAUUACACCAGAUAUGUAGUAGUAUAUUUGUAUCAGAAGAGUGGCGCCGCUCUCUUGCAUCGUACCACCAUUGGGGCAUGCUCACAAAAGAGGACUUUCGAUCUAUUGCCCAUAGCCAAUUUCAAACAAUAGAAGCAUUCUGUCAAAUGGCAAAUCAAACACUUUCAGACAGUUUGAGCCAGUUCUACUCAGAUCAAUAUAGGAGCGCAACUGUAAUUCCGUUACAUUUAUUUACUGAAGAAAUGCAAUCACUAAUUAAUCAGUUUAAAGCGUCGGCAAAGAGAAAUUUUUUUCUGUUGUUUAACAUGACGCGAGAUAUAACACAGGCCAAUGGCCUUCUCUCGGCAAGGAAAACUAAUUAUCAUAUGAAACUGCGAACAUAUCCAGGUGACAUCGAAGUGUAUCCUCAAUGGUAUAACAGUUGCAAAUGUGAUCAUACUAUGAGAUGUACUAGUAAAGUACAAUUUCAUCGAGUAGAAGAUCGGUCAGUGUUGUCUUAUGCACCAGGCCUAUUAGCCGGAUGUUACACUACUGAAGCAACUCUGCAAUCAACUCUUGAAUGCUUCUAUAAUCAAUCAUGCGUCACACAAAUUCUCCCAUAUUUACACGGCGAACUACCAACAAACGACAUGUCGCUCAAUUCAUCAUUACCUAGUCGAUUCUCGGUCAACUCAACCCUUGAACAGCUUCUUAGUGAACUAAUGAUCGAACAGUGGGCUGUGUCCUCUAUAUAUAAAAAGUAUUACAAUGAAUGCCAACCAAAACAAUGUACAUAUACAUACAAGACGAAGAAUGAUGUGAUAUUUAUCAUGACUGCUUUAGUUGGACUGGUGGGUGGUUUGAACAAUGACGUGAAUACAGUGCAGACCAACUCGUUUUCGCAGAUCAACAACAAACUCUGGAAACUGAACUUAUUUGCAUCAGUUCCGCCUUCAACCGAUGAAUACGAUCUUCGAAACGAGCGAAUGUCAACAAGAAUAUUCAUCUUUCUAUUCAUUCUGUCAUUGAUAACUCUUCUCUUCUACUAUUCAUUGAUCAAUGUCACAAUAACCGUCACGAGAGAACACCCUUCACUUAAUGAAUAUCGACAACUCUAUGAAAUGCAUCAUCAUACACUCACAUGUCCAUGCACAAAAGUAUCAACCAACUACAAAGAAUUUCUUCAGGUGACUUAUACCUUACAUCAAAUGUGUUCAAGUGUAUUAGUAACUGAAGAAUGGUUUGAAUAUCUUUCAUACCGAUCUGAUGACAAUCAAGUUCAUUCUGAUGAUUUCCGAUGGAUAGGUCAAGCAUUGUUUCAAUCCUUCCAUAUAUUUUGUAAAAUGGCAAAGCAAACAAUCUCGGACAGUUUAAGUCAAUUCUAUUCCAAUCAGUAUAUAACCACAACUGUCACGUCACUCGAGUUAUUUACGCUACAAACGAAAUCAUCAUUGGAUCAGUUCAUGAGUAUCGGAAAAACAAACCUUUUCCUUGCACUUGAUCUGAUACAGAAUACGACUCAAGCUAACUAUCUCUUAUCAGCAAGAAAAACUAAUUAUUAUUUUUAUCAUCGUUAUUAUACAUUCGAUUACGUGCUUAAAGGUUCCAAUGAAACCUGUACUGAUCCUAUUGAACGUAACUUCAAGAAACCGGUAUCUAUCUUUGCAUACACGAAUCAUACGACAUUACUGGAGAUACCUGGUUUAUUAACGGGAUGUUAUGUUGUUGAUGCCGCUUUGCAAUCGACUCUUGAAUGCUUCUAUAAUCAAUCAUGCGUCACACAAAUUCUUCCAUAUUUACACGGCGAACUGCCAACAAACGACAUGUCGCUCAAUUCAUCAUUACCUAGUCGAUUCUCGGUCAACUCAACCCUUGAACAGCUUCUUAGUGAACUAAUGAUCGAACAGUGGGCUGUGUCCUCUAUAUAUAAAAAGUAUUACAAUGAAUGCCAACCAAAACAAUGCACAUAUACAUACAAGACGAAGAAUGAUGUGAUAUUUAUCAUCACCGCCUUGAUUGGACUGGUGGGUGGUUUAAGUACAGUCCUACGACUCGUUGUGCCGAUUUUCGUAAAGUUCAUCGCAGAAAAUCUGCUAUUACGACGACAACGACACCAGGAUGAGGGAAUCAACAAUCAACGACGAUCCACAAUCUAUUUGACCAAAAUACUACACUUCAUCUACAACUUCAAUAUGUUUCCAUCAGUUCCGCCUUCAACCGAUGAAUACGAUCUUCGAGACGAACGACUGUCAACUAGACUAUUCGUCCCUCUAUUCAUUCUAUCAUUGAUAACUAUUCUCUUCUACUAUUCAUUAAUCAAUGUCACAAUAACCGUCACCAGAGAAAACCCUUCACUUAACGAGUAUCGACAACUUUAUGAAGAACAUUCUCAAACUCUCACAUGUCCAUGCACAAAAGUAUCAACCAACUACAAGGAAUUUCUUCAGGUGACUUACACCUUACAUCAAGUGUGCUCAAGUGAUUUUGUAACUGAGGAAUGGCUGACAUAUCUUGCCAGAACUUACCUAUAUCAGAAUAUCUACAAAGAAGACUUCCUCUAUCUAGGUUCGUCAACAUUUCAAGCGUUGGAUACACUAUGUCAAAUGAUCAAUCGAAGCAUCUCGAAUCGGCUGAAUGAAUUCUAUUCGCAUGAAUACCUUAGUGCAAUUGUCACAUCACCGGAGAUAUUUUUAUCAACCUUCGAAUCGCUACUUGGCCAAUUACGACCAUUAACGACGAGCAGUUUUCUUCUUUCUUUUGAGAUUAUUCAAAGGACAACAGCGAAUAAUGUGAUAAUGUCAGCAUUUCUGUCAAAUUAUCAGUUUAUUGGGGGUCUAGACUUAAAUAUAUAUCCAGUGAGCCACUAUGCUUGCACAUGUCACGAAACAGUCAAAUGUGUCAUACCCUAUCCUGUCCAAAGUCAUCCCAUGAUGGCCGCAGCAUUUUCCAUAUCACACUUCUUUUAUGGAUGCUACGUCAUCGAAGCACUUCUUCAGUCGAGUCUUACGUGCUUCUAUGACAAAACGUGCAUCAGUGAAAUUCAGAAAUAUAUUACAUACACUUCACCAUUCAAUGUCACAGCUCUCGAUUCAUCAUCACCAAGUAAAUACUCUGUUGAUGUAACAAUACAAGAUAUUCUUGACCAGCUAAUGAUCGAACAGUGGAAUCAAUCUAUUAAAUAUGACAAAUAUUACGAUAAUUGUCAACCGAAACAAUGCACAUAUAUGUAUGAAGCGACGAACAGUGUGGUUUCGAUUAUUACUAUACUAUUUGGUUUAGUUGGUGGUUUAUUAACUGUUUUACGUCUGAUUGUACCAUUAUUAGUGAAGAUUAUAGCACGUAUGACAAGACGAUGUAGAAGAAUAACUGUUCAAGAUAUGCCUACCAUUGGAACUUAA